AGUGACCUCAGUACCUUGUAUGAGAAGAUCCAUAUUAGGUGAGAUCUUGAGAGACAUAACCUCUUAUUUUUUUCUCCCUUUCUUCUCUUAUCACAAGCUUAAUUAAAUUCCAGAUUUCUUGUGCAUGAAGAAUACGGGUGAGAAAAGCCAGAAGAAGAAAGCUAUGGAAGAAGAUGCAAAGGAUGGAAGUUUGCCACCAGGGUUUCGGUUUCACCCCACAGAUGAGGAACUCAUAACUUACUAUCUUAUAAACAAGAUAUCGGAUGCUAAUUUCACUGGCAGAGCCAUUGCUGAUGUUGAUCUCAACAAGUCCGAGCCUUGGGACCUUCCAGGGAAGGCAAAAAUGGGAGAAAAAGAGUGGUACUUCUUCAGUCUUCGAGACCGGAAAUACCCUACUGGAGUGAGAACAAAUAGAGCUACCAACACUGGCUACUGGAAGACCACAGGAAAAGACAAGGAGAUCUUCAACAGUGUUACUUCAGAGUUAGUUGGGAUGAAGAAGACGUUGGUUUUCUAUAGAGGAAGAGCACCCAGGGGAGAGAAAACCAACUGGGUCAUGCAUGAAUAUCGUAUUCACUCUAAAUCUGCCUUCAGAACUAGCAAGCAGGAUGAGUGGGUGGUUUGCAGAGUGUUCCAGAAAAGCGCAGGAGCUAAAAAGUACCCACCCAACCAAUCAAGGGCAGUGAAUCCUUACAGCCUUGAUAUGGGACCAAGCAGUAUACCAGCACAAAUGAUGCAGGCAGCAGAGAACUAUCAGUUCCCAGUUGGAAGAAACUACAUGAGUCAAGCAGAACUUGCAGAACUUACAAGGGCUUUCAGAGCUGGAGGAUCAAGUACUAGUGUAAAUCUACCACUUCAAUCCCAGAUGAACUACCCAGUUGGAGCAGGAGCUGGAUGCUUUACAAUAUCAGGGUUAAACUUGAAUCUUGGAGGGGCUGCUACACAACCCAUUUUUAGACCAAUGCAGCCCAACCCUCCUCCUGCUAUGAACCAACAGGAUGUUGCAUCUUCCAUGAUGACUAGUAAUACUUCUUUUGCAGCGGAGGCUGCUGGCUACGGUGCAGAAAUGAAUAAUGCAAAUGCCCCAAGCAGCAGAUUUAUGGGCGUCGAACAUUGCAUGGAUUUAGAUAAUUACUGGCCUUCUUAUUGAGGACAACUGAUUCAGUUGAGCAAAUAGACAAGCUUCUUAAUGUAGAACUAAUAUAUACAUAAGUACGUCUAGUUCCAAGAACUUUUAAAUUAGUUCUAAUGCACUGUGUUAGGUUUCCCACGGGUAAAAUACCCAGGUGCUAGACUGAUCUUUCAUGUUAGGGAUUCAGAUCCCUGAAUUUCAGCGUUUAAAAUUUUUUUUCCUUGUCUUUCAAAAUUGGCUUUGAUCAGAGUUGAACACUUUCUGUCAUCUAUAAAUUGUUGGGAAAAGAAAAGACAGAUCCCACUUUCUUUUUCUUGAAA